GCCUCCCAAAGUGCUGGGAUUAUAGGUGUGAGCCACUACACCCAGCCCCCAUUAGCAUUUUUGGUGGGUAACACUCCACUCGCUAGCUGGGGAGGCACUUCCACACUCCUUGCCUUAUCCUAUAUGUGACGAGCUGGUGCCAUGCCAUUCUGGCCCCCAGGCCUUUCUACUUGCCUGGGAAGUUGAGGAUGAAUUUAUUCACUGCCUUUGAACUUGCUGGGACCCUCCCCUCUUGAGUAUUGACCCGUGUGUUCCAGGUUGAUGGAAUUGGAGGAGGGAGACCUCUGGCAUAUAAGAGGAAGUGCCCAAAGGUUACUGUGGCCUAAAAAGUAUGUUGAAGUCCUUUUUUUAUUCACCACCUGCCUGGGAGGCCCCGGGAUUUACCCCUCCCUUGGCAUCCUGCUCAGUUCCGUGAAAUCCCACACGGGAAAUGGCGAUUGGGUUGCACAAGGAGGCGCACAGCCUAAGUCCUUUUACAAUCCUCUCAGGUUCAUUGGCCGAGAUCCAGUUGAGGUCCAGUUGAGAAACCUCCAGUCCAGCUAUCUCCACAGACACUCCCCACCACCCUGGGCUUGCCUCAGUCAGUUGCAAAGAUCAGGAACCUGGAGGCAAUACUGAACGCUGUGCAGCUUGCAGAGGUCUCCUGGCAGCCCGCCUUAGGAAUUCUGUCUGGCCCCGAUCAGAAUACUGGAGACGAGACCACGAGAUUGAUGAGUUUGCCUUGGGAGUCGGCGAGAAGGUGAAACCAGGGCGAACAUGGGUCAGAAGGUCACUGGAGGGAUCAAGACUGUGGACAUGAGGGACCCCACGUACCGGCCCCUGAAGCAGGAGCUCCAGGGUCUGGAUUACUGCAAGCCCACCCGGCUGGAUCUGCUACUGGACAUGCCCCCUGUGUCCUACGACGUCCAGCUGCUGCAUUCGUGGAACAACAACGACCGGUCGCUCAACGUCUUCGUGAAGGAAGACGACAAACUCAUCUUUCACCGGCAUCCGGUGGCCCAGAGCACAGACGCUAUCAGGGGCAAAGUCGGGUAUACCCGUGGGCUGCACGUGUGGCAGAUCACAUGGGCUAUGAGACAGCGGGGCACACACGCCGUGGUGGGGGUGGCGACGGCAGACGCCCCCCUGCACUCGGUCGGGUACACUACCCUCGUGGGGAAUAAUCACGAGUCCUGGGGCUGGGAUUUGGGGCGCAACCGGCUCUACCAUGAUGGCAAGAACCAGCCAAGCAAAACAUACCCAGCCUUUCUGGAACCAGAUGAGACAUUCAUUGUCCCUGACUCCUUCCUGGUAGCCCUGGACAUGGACGAUGGGACGCUGAGCUUCAUUGUGGAUGGACAGUACAUGGGAGUGGCUUUUCGGGGACUCAAGGGCAAAAAACUGUAUCCUGUAGUGAGUGCCGUCUGGGGCCACUGUGAGAUCCGAAUGCGCUACUUGAACGGACUCGAUCCCGAGCCGCUGCCGCUCAUGGAUUUGUGCCGCCGCUCGGUGCGCCUGGCCCUGGGGAAGGAGCGCCUGGGGGAGAUCCACACGCUGCCGCUGCCGGCUUCCCUCAAGGCCUACCUCCUCUACCAGUGAUGUUCGCCAUCGGACCGCCAGCACGACAGCCACCUGGUGCCACCUCACUGAGCCACCCGCCGCUGGGGCCGCCAUACCCUGCGCCUUGGACCGGCAUCCACAGCCAUGGACAGAGGUCCCUGGUCUUCCCUCAUCCUCCGUGGCUGCCUCCAUGGGACAAGGACCGAUUCCAACACAGGCUCCUCUUUCCCCCUUCCCGACAUCAGCAGAAGGCAGCGUCCCUGCAUGCCGUCCAUAUACAACCCCUCUUUGAGAAAAGACACGGAGAAUAAAACUCCUACGAAAGCCCUA